GAGGUGGCCCGGCAGCACCUGCCGCAUUUGUCGCAGCCGCGGCGGAGGCCCUGGGGCAACUACUCCAAGAGCCUCGUGACCCGCAGGGGCUUUCUCACCGCGGUGACCCGGACCGCGCGCUACGUGCGCAGCGCGGCCUUCCUAAUCCACGACGUGUCCUGCUUCGAGAGGUCCAGCCUGCACCAGCAGCUGGAGGCGUGCUGUGAACGCCUUGGCUCCAACUGCAGCUUCGACGCCCAGGUGGGCCAAUCACGUGCCAUGUGCUGUGAGAAGGAGAGGUGGCGGCACAUGCUCUUCGACUUCUCGGCCAACUCCUCGAGUCGCGUUCCUCGAAUCGCCCGGGCGACGCGAGCGCCCAGCUGCGAGUGGAUCCGCAGCAAAGGAAGCCGGAUCAGCCUGCCCCAGUGGCUGGAGCAGCUUCUCUUCGGCGGGCCCGACUUCGCCCUGUGCGUCCAGGGGCUGUCGGAGCGGCUGCAAAAAGCGCCGCCCAGGGAGGCGCUGGAGGCCUUGGCCUUUGCAGCAGACUUGUUGCGGUUGAUCUGCGGCAGCCGGCGCACGCUGCUGGGCCUGCGCCGCAGCUUCCUGCUCUGGUGGGACCGCACGCGACAUCGGGACUUCUGGAACUCUGCCUGGCCCACCUUGCAGAGGCUUCUGCGAAACUUGCACCGGUGCCAAGCUGGGCCCGCGCCAGUGCUGCAGCUCCACGUGCCCAAGACGGCGGGCAGCGCCCUGAAGAGCUGGGCCGAGACCCAAGGCUUCCAGGUCCGGGGCCAAGAGAACCAGAACUGGGCCGGCGACGGCCCUUAUUGGAUCGGCUCCAGGGCCAUUCCCGCCACCUGCGGGCAGCGGCGCUUGGAGCUCGACGACAACGGCACGACGUGGUUCUCCGUGGAGAGGUGGCUGGAUCUGCCGCUCUGCGAGGACUUUCAGUACGUGGUGGCGCUACGGGACCCGGUUCCGCGAGUCCUUCAUCAGUUCCAGCACAAGUUCCUCUACUUCCGCCUCGCGUUGGGUGAGGCCAUUGCGGAAGCUCUGAGGCAGAGACAGGCAGAGGACCUGCCACAACGUCUUUGGAGCCUCUUCCGCUACGAGGAGCUGCGCCACAAGCUCCGGCAGCGCCGCGCCGCGCGGCGGCCGCUGCUCUGGCGGAACGCCUCGGCCAUCGGCCAGGGGGGGCCGGACACCUGGCACGUAGAUUGGCUGGAGCUGUGGCUGGGCAUGGCCAGCAACUAUCAGGUGAGGAGCCUGGCGGGCGCAGGAGGCGGCCUGGCCUACCUGGAGGACGGCGGAGCGGGAGCGCGCCUCGCGGCGGCCAAGGCGGUGCUGGAGCAGUUCGACGUGAUUUUGCCCGUCUCCGGGCGCCACGGCCUCGACGCGUCGGACCAGGAGCUACUGCGGCUUGCCCUGCAGCUGCCACAGAAGGAAGAAAGCGGCGGCUUCCCCUUCAUAUCCCACCGCAACUUUGGGGACGAGAAGCUGCAGCCCUUCCGCGUCAACCCGGUGAAUCUGUCGGCAUCCCUGGCCGCCGAGCUGAGGUCUCGGAACUGGGCGGACCGGAUGCUCGUGCACCACGCGCGCCGGCUCCGGCGCUUGGACCGCAUCUACUUCCGCACAGUCGCCCAGGAUCUCUAG